CUGCGGCCGGCGAGAGGCAGGCUGGGAAGCGGCGCCAUAUUGGCGUCGGCCGCGCUGUAUUGUCAUAAAUAGAGCCGGUUUUGUGGUGUUUUCGCUACUGGGUUGGAUGCCUCAGCCAUAGUAAGUGGGAAAGUGAGGGAGCAAGCGAGCUACAAGCGACCGGAGGAAAGUGAACAGGGGGAGAAGGGAACAGCAAGAACAGGACUCCAGAGCGAUAAACACUCGCUGGAGAGGGAGACGCAGGAAGCGAUGAAAGAGAUGUCUGCAAACACUGUGCUGGACAGCCAGUGUCAACAAAAGCAUUAUGGAAUUACCUCUCCAAUUAGUUUGGCGUGUCCUAAAGAAAUUGAUCAUAUUUACACACAGAAAUUAAUUGACGCCAUGAAACCAUUUGGAGUGUUUGAAGAUGAGGAAGAAUUGAACCACAGGCUAGUGGUUCUUGGUAAAUUGAACAAUUUAGUAAAAGAAUGGAUUUCUGAUGUCAGUGAGAGUAAGAACCUCCCACCUUCUGUUGUGGCUACUGUUGGUGGUAAAAUUUUCACGUUUGGAUCCUAUAGGCUUGGAGUACACACGAAAGGAGCUGACAUUGAUGCACUUUGUGUAGCUCCAAGACAUGUGGAGAGAUCUGAUUUUUUUCAGUCUUUUUUUGAAAAAUUGAAACAUCAAGAUGGCAUUAGAAACUUAAGAGCUGUGGAAGAUGCCUUUGUACCUGUUAUAAAAUUUGAAUUUGAUGGUAUUGAAAUUGAUCUAGUCUUUGCAAGACUUUCAAUACAAACCAUAUCAGAUAAUUUAGAUCUAAGAGACGACUCUCGCCUGAGAAGCCUUGAUAUAAGGUGUAUUCGCAGCUUAAAUGGGUGUAGAGUUACUGAUGAAAUUUUGCAUUUAGUGCCAAAUAAAGAAACUUUUAGACUCACCCUAAGAGCUGUCAAAUUAUGGGCAAAGCGACGUGGUAUUUAUUCCAACAUGCUAGGAUUCCUUGGUGGUGUCUCCUGGGCAAUGCUAGUUGCAAGAACUUGCCAAUUGUAUCCAAAUGCAGCAGCAUCUACUUUAGUUCAUAAGUUCUUUUUAGUUUUUUCCAAGUGGGAAUGGCCAAAUCCUGUGCUGCUGAAGCAACCAGAAGAAAGCAAUUUGAAUUUGCCUGUCUGGGAUCCUCGGGUAAAUCCAUCAGAUAGGUAUCAUCUCAUGCCCAUAAUCACCCCUGCCUACCCACAACAGAAUUCUACGUAUAAUGUGUCCACAUCAACUCGAACAGUAAUGGUAGAAGAAUUUAAACAAGGUCUUGCAGUCACAGAUGAAAUUCUCCAAGGAAAAUCAGAUUGGUCCAAACUACUUGAGCCACCAAAUUUCUUUCAAAAGUAUAGACAUUAUAUAGUAUUGACUGCCAGCGCAUCAACAGAAGAAAACCAUCUAGAGUGGGUUGGAUUAGUAGAAUCUAAAAUCCGUGUACUUGUUGGAAACUUGGAACGGAAUGAAUUUAUUACUCUUGCCCAUGUGAAUCCCCAGUCAUUCCCAGGGAAUAAGGAACAUCAUAAAGACAACAAUUACGUAUCAAUGUGGUUCCUUGGGAUAAUUUUUCGGAGAGUAGAAAAUGCAGAAAGUGUCAACAUAGACUUGACAUAUGAUAUACAGUCAUUUACUGAUACAGUAUACAGACAGGCAAACAAUAUAAAUAUGCUAAAGGAGGGAAUGAAAAUUGAAGCAACUCAUGUAAAGAAAAAACAACUUCAUCACUACCUUCCUGCAGAAAUUCUUCAAAAGAAGAAAAAGCAAAGUUUCUCUGAUGUCAGUCGAAACUCGGGCGGACUUCAAUCCAAAAGAUCAUCUCUGGAUAGCAGUUGUCUGGAUAGUUCCAGAGACACUGAUAAUGGAACACCUUUUAAUUCUCCAGCUUCCAAGUCUGAUAGCCCGUCUGUAGGAGAAACAGAAAGGAAUAGUGCUGAGCCUGCUGCUGUAAUUGUGGAGAAGCCACUGAGUGUACCACCAGCCCAAGGACUUUCCAUUCCGGUCAUUGGUGCAAAAGUUGACUCUACAGUAAAAGCUGUAUCACCCCCCGCUGUGUGUACCAUUCCUACCGUAGUAGGACGAAAUGUCAUUCCUAGAAUCACAACACCUCAUAACCCUGCCCAGGGACAACCGCAUCUGAAUGGAAUGUCAAAUAUAACUAAGACUGUUACACCCAAGAGAGCCCAUUCCCCAUCCAUAGAUGGGACUCCUAAGAGGUUGAAAGACAUAGAAAAGUUUAUUCGACUUGAAUCAACAUUUAAGGACCCCCGCGCUGCUGAAGAAAGAAAAAGAAAAUCAGUGGAUGCCAUUGGAGGAGAAUCUAUGCCUAUUCCAACUAUUGAUACAUCACGCAAAAAGAAGCAGUUGGAUGCUCAGCACAUUAAUUUCUUACCAGGCACCUGGAGAGACUACCCAGUAAAGAACUACCAGAUUCAUCAUCUCCAGUUCCAGCAAAUAACAUCCGUGUCAUCAAAAAUUCCAUUCGACUGACCCUUAAUCGGUAAAAGCAGUGCCUCCUCACUUAAGUGAACAAGCAGUCAUUUAGUGGCAUAGAUGCAGCCACUUGUUUUCAAAUAGAAGUGGCUGUCAUGCGUGAAAUAAGGUGAACGUUACAGCCUUCAGCCUAAUAACCUUGAAGUGGUUUUUGAACUAUCACACUUUGACCUGCAGAUGCUGUAGCAUUCUCUCACUGAUUGCUACAUACACUUCUCUGAGGAUCACCUGCUGUCAAAUUGCCAUCUACAGUAUUACAGCUUUGCAUUUGGGGGUUUUACUGCCUUAACUUUCAAUGCUUGUUAUGGGAACCAGUUCUUAGCCACUUGGACACUGAUAACAAGUCCUGAACUCCUUUUUUUGUUUUGUUUUUUUGUUUUUUUUUGUCUUAUGUUAUCAUUGUAUAGAGCUAAAAAAAUUGAAAACAAACAAAAAAAUUAUCUUGUAUUUUCCAAAUGUUAAUACAUUUACUUUAGCAUUGAAGCCACUUUGUGAAACCUGGGAUAAAUGAAUGUGAGGUAUCUUUUCUGCUUUCCUCAUUUGUGUAGAUGUACUGUCUGUUCUGUUGAUUUAAAUUAUUUUUUUCCAGAUUGGCACAUGAAAUAUUUAAACUUUUUUGUGUGCCUUUCUAUCCAAAUGUUGCAUAGUUACCAGGGAAGAUUAGUCCAGUGAUUACAGAAGAGUUGGGCACCAUAAAUUCUUUAUAUAUUGCCUCCCAUGGAGGCCUUUGAAAUGCAUCUUUAUUAAAAAUCAAAAUAUAACCAGGAUACUGAAAGUCAGUAUAUGAAUGGUAAAAUUGUUACAUAUCCUAUUUCAUGCCAUUCUUGUUAGUUGACUGGUAUUUUUUACUGAGGAGCAACUCAUUCCAGCAUCAACAAUAAGAUACCUUUAAGUAUGGCAAACUUGUAUUUUUGAGGUGUAAAAUUAACUUGGCAUGAUAAUUCCUGACCAUUAUUUAUGCCACAACUUCAAAUAGUUUCUUCACGGACUAGGCAUGCAGAAAUAAGCAGUGGAUUUUAUUGAAACCUAAAGGCAUUUUGAAUGACAUUGUUACCAACCAUUAAUUGGCUCAGGACCUUUGUAAUUUUUAUUUAACUAUAUGAGUUGUCUUUUUUUACGCUGCUUUUUUCAAUGCAUUUCUUAAUAUUUUUUAAGUUUCAUGAAUGCAUGCUCAGUUUAUUAAAAUCCAUAACCAUGUAAUUCUUGUAAUAUGUUGAUUCAGUGUUUUGUAAAUGAAGUCGUAUGUAUUUUCAGAGUAUUUUUGUAUGUACUGUAAGAUACCAUCUUUUCAAAGAGAAACGUUUAAAACCUUUA